AUGAACGAUCAGGAUUCGAGCCGGCCUACGACUCCUGAGUCGCCGUUGGACAGCAGCCUUUAUCAUGCGACGAGCACUAUCGACGACCUGACGGCAGCGCUGGCCGACUUCUCUCGUGUCCCUUCUCCGGAGCCAGUUUCAGCGCUUUCGUGUUGUUGCGGAAGAGAAGAUUGCGAAAACUUCAAGGCGUGGCUUGAGUUGAAGUCUCGUCUCGGUAGCAGGCUGGUUCUCAGCGCAGAGGUUGGACAGGCUCUCUUGCAGCGGCAUGAGGCUUAUGUGCGCCAGACCGAGCGCAAACUGCGGAACAACAUGGCGCGUUAUCCAAACACCAGUAGGAGCGAAUCGUCGACCGACACACUCAACCGCGAGCUUGAUGAGCUCAUGAAAGAGAAACAGCAGCUCGAGAAGCAAUUGAACCAAGCCCUGGUCAACAAUGAAGUGACGGAAGUCUCGAGCAAAACCAUCCUUCAGGAACUGCAAGAAGCCCGAGAAACGAUAUCUCGCUUGACGGCCCACCAUGCGCGUUCCAUUGGUUGGGAUACUCGAUUGUCAGCAGCCAUGAAAGAAAGGGACGACAUGCAGCAGGAACGAGACGGGGAAACCCACAGGGCCCGGCUUGCGGAGUCACGAUUUGCUGCCUUGAAGGAGAAGACAGCCAAGCUGCAAGCAGAGGUUCGGCGGCUGCAAGAAAACUUGGAGCAGAAGCGGCAGCAUCGCCUCGAGUCCUCUGAAACCCUAAUACAGGAUGCGAGGAGUCGCCUUGAGUCAUUCCGUAACUCGCUUGCAGAAGAAGAAUUGACCAGCGUGUUGGAGUCUCUCGUGCAAGACAACGAAACCCUUCAGCACGACAACGCGGAACUCCAACAUCUGCUGUCGGAGGCGAGGGAGGACUUACAUGCCUUGCAGGAGGAAGUGGAGGAAUCCCGAGCAAAUCCUCCUCCCCCUUCACGUUCAGGAGCCAAUACGCCGCAUUCAAGACACUUCCAUUCCGGCAGUGUCACUUCUAUAUCUUUAAAGGACUAUUCAAUGUUCAGCCCUCGCAUUCGUCGCAACACUAGCUCGGAUGGCACAUCCAAACGACGCCAAGCACCAGCUCAGAUCGACGUUCGCCUCAGUCCGGCGCCACCGGAGCUGCCUACACCCAACGCUCUGCGCUCUCCAAUGUCGACAGUCGAUUCAUUAGCCCCCGUCGAGAACAAGUGGCAAGGUCAGAGCUCGCCACGCUCAUCGCACAUUAGUUACGAGCUUGAUGACGAGGCAGAGAAGGACGGGAGCCCACCUCUGUAUGAAAGACCGCGAGGACACAGACCGCUCCUACUACUCACUCGGUCGCGCGCCGUGCAGACAGACAGCACGUUGUCAGGUACAUUGUCUCCGUCUCCAUUCCCUUCCCAUGUCUCUUCGGUAUCGCCGCAUGACCCCCGGUCAGAGUCCUCUUCCUUCUCAGAAACACCCUCGUCGCAUGUCUCGUUGAUCUUGGAACGGCUGACGAGCCUCUUCAAUCGGUUUACGCAAGCAGACGCUCUCACGCUGACAAACCGGUUGAAGCGACAAAAUCUCAAGGGUGCGGACGUUGGCCAUCUGUCGAGGAGCACAAUCAACAACAUAGUCUCUGAGGCGACCGGUCUGCGCGCACAAUACCGGUCCUUACUGGAGGAUGAGAAGGUCGUGACAUCGUGCACGAGAAAGGAUUUACGAAUGCUGUUCAAGCUCGUCAAGGAUAUGUUUUCGGAGAUGGCGAAUCUGCGGAUCACAUUGAAUGACGUCAUCCUUGAUCCGACAUCGGCACCGCGUAUCAGUGAACUUGCCCUAAAUCCGGGCAAAGCGGAGGCAGAGACAAGGGAGAAGGAGCGGGAAGGGGCGACAGAGGGCGGUGUCAGUGGAUGGAUGGCGCCUAUAUCAAAGCUCUUUUCACCUGUCGGACGGACAGACCCCGUAGGUGAUAGACCGGGCUUGACACGGUCGUCGAGUGCGAGAGCGCCAUCAACGCGUCCUCAACGGUUUGUACCGAAGUUAGGGCCGGCGUUGGCGGCGUCUGCGACAACAGUUAACGUCGAAUUCUCCGGGUCGGGGGUUGGACGUGCUGUUACAAGUAGCUUCUCGGCCCAACCUAUCCCUGUCGCCGACUCGUCAAUGGGCAUAGCGUCCACUUCACAGAGCGUCUCAUCUGGCCUGAUGGACAUCUUCGCAGGUGCACCCAAACCUAUCGAGAACGCCGACCCAUGGGUAAUUCUUCCAACCGCCCACUCAACGGCGCCUCCGCCAACCCAGGUUUCGACGUUACGCAUGUCGCAGCCGUUCGUGAAAAUCAGCGAAUCGACUGCGACAAUCGGUAGAACUACUGGCCGGAAGAAUGUCAACAGACUUUCACGGAAUGUUGACGCGGUUAUUGACUUGGAGCGCCCUCCAGAUAUCGACGAAGAGCCGGACUACUUGCCACCACUGUUGGAGAGAACCUUGCGCCGGCGCGGGCUGUCUGACUCUUCUAUUCAUUCGACAUUCACCAACCAAGCACAGGCCGACGAACCUCGGUCGCCCACCUCGCCUGAGAGACCGUCCAGGCAGCACACCAUCAUGGCGCCGACCCCAUUGGCGAGAGCACCUGCCUGGCCAGAGAGGACGUCAGUGUUCCAGGCGCUGAGCAGGACGAUGAUGGGCUUGAAAGCAGGUGUAAAUGUGAUGACUGCACCGUCGAGUGCAUUGGCCAGGGAGAUCAAGAGGGUCGCGACGCCUGAAAGAUCUCGGUCACCCGCAAGCUUCCGGCAAGCAAGAACGGAGGCCAGCACAGAAGGCAGCGGUGGUCGUUCGACUCCAUCAAGCUUGAUGGGCCCGCCACCACCACCCCUUGCUGUCGAUAACAGUUCAGGGUCCAGCGCUGUAGUCUCGAUUUCGACUGAAGCCGUCACCUCCGAGCCUCCUUCUUUGCCCCAAACGCCGGUGCGGAAGGCUACAGAAGCUCCGCCCAGCCGCGUCGCCAGCCCUACGAGAGGCGUCUUGCCAAACUUUACAUCGUGGGCAACAGCCAACGUGCUCAUCGAUCCUGUCUCUGGGUCCGAUCCAUUCAUAGCCAGUAGUCUGCGGGAUGAAACAUAUAUGCAGCGCGUUGCGCGUGGACGAUCUGGUCCUAAGGACGAGACACAUCUUAGGGAUUUCUACUAG